AUGGAGUUGAAUUUCGUCCAUAUUCAUAGUGUCAAGAAUGCGAAAGGGGCAAAAUGCACACGAGCAGCGAGAUCAAAGGUGAUCAAAGAGGCUUUAAUGCGAAAAAGAAAGAAGCGGACCCAAGAGAACAAUCAUUUCGUGAACGUAACGUCGAGGCAUAUGGGAACAAAUGUGUCGUCAUCCGAUGUGUCCUCAUCAGCACCGCCAACACCUAGAUCAGGGAAAUCUCUCAUUGACCUGACUCCGAAUCUUGCUGCUGAGGAUCGUGAUCUUCUCCAGCUCAUGCAUCUCCCUAAGCAGGCAGCUGAGCCGAUAUUCAACAUCGAUAGCAAGAUCGGCUUUCAGGAUAUGCACACUGUUUUUAGGACGUCACUCAAAGAUCCUGCGUUGCUGAAUGCAUUGUUAUACACUCUUCAGUAUGCUAAAAGGGGCAAUCCAAUGGCCCCUGAAGUUCUCUCGCACAGAGGUCAGGCUAUGCAAUUAGUCAAUCAACGCAUUGAAUCCAACGAAGACGUGAUGACUGCGGCCACAAUUGGCGCCAUUCUGCUUCUUGUUGGUGUAGAGGCUUCGAGUCUGAUCGAUCCGUCUAGGCAAGAUCUUUACGUAGCCGCGCUUUCAGGGUUUGAUAGGGUCCUCGGCGAUGAGGUGUUUCCAGAACUUGGCCACACUCAGAGCCCCUUAAAAGCCGCAACUUGCCCUCUACCGCCGGGAUUCAUGCCCUUCUGCUUUGAGUGGACGGUCGAAUUCACCCAGGUCUUGCAACAAGUUCGUGCAUUUCAAAACGACGCGGAUUCGACACACACUGGCCGCGAGCAGAGCUCGGUAAUCUGUCUUGAUAAUCAGCAGGCUGCGAUUGAGUCUCGGCUGUAUACAUUACGCGUAGCGCAUCGGGACUCUCACGACAUCAGCAUUCGUUGCUGUAUUGAGAUCGCCUACAUUUGCACCUAUAUGCUGUUCACACCAGUAUGGGAAUCAAUUACCAUUCCGUCAUACCUAGCCACAAAGGUUUUGGAAAUGAUCCGUACUGAUGAUAUCAAAUCGGUGUGGGCUGAUAAGCAUUAUCUCUUGCUAUGGGUGCUCUGUGUGGGCGGAACUUUUGCAGGGCCUGGUCAUGUGCAGAUGGCUUAUGCAUUCUUAUUAUCCCAGCUAGUUCAAGAACUUGAGGGUACACAAGACAAAGACCAAGUAAUCCAGCACUUGAAUGACUUCAUAUGGUCGACCCGAAGUUUCGGCACUCGCUUUGAGAAUUUCUGGGCCCUUUGCCAAGGCACCCAGGUUCAAUGA